CCCCCCCAGCCCGAGCUCCCACAGCUGUAAACUUGUUAAAGAUGAUUCACAAGUACCCCAGCAAUAGAAUUUUCCCAUUUUUCUCCAAAAAUUUGUGUUGAUUUCGUAAAAUUAAACCCGCACCCUUCAACCAGUCCUUGAAUCUUGCUUAUUUUGCAAAAAUCGCUUUGGUUUUUGGUGCGGUUUAGGGGAGGUACCACACAGGUCCCACCUUUCCUGUGCUGUGAAUUUUGUUGGCAAAGCUUGCAUAAGGUUUUUAAUUUUAAAAACAAUUACCUAGUAGCAAACAGUGGCUGGAUUUAUUUUCGUAUCGCAGUAUUGGGUGUACAUGUCAGCCGCUGUCAAAUUGAAUUCGAUCUAGAACCGCCUUGCACCCAAAGAGGAAAAAUGUCAGAAGAUGGAUUUUCGGAUAGAUUGGAGGAGCUCAACACUAUGGACACUGUCGAUAUACAAAUCAAGACUCUUAUGGGCACAAUGUUCGAUGUAACGGUGCUGACGUCGGCCACGGUGGGCGAUAUCAAGAAGAAAAUUUGCCGGGUUGAAGGUAUACCAAUCUACCAACAAAAUCUAAUCUUCCAAUCCCGAGAACUGAAAGAUCUGGCCCGCAUAGACGAAUCCGGCAUCAUUACCGGUUCAGUUUUGACCCUAGUGCCAUCGAUGCGCGGCGGCCCCAUAAGCACCCGCAGACUUUCAAUGCCUUGCGAACACUUUUUACUCAAAGAACUCAAAGACCUUCUAAAAACCACUAAGGAAGACGUCGCUCCUGGUUCCAAAGUUUCUUUGCUUGUGUUCAAAGAGGGCGACAUCAUCAAUCUACUGAGAGUGGUUGAAAACAAAGAUGGUUCAUAUUCGCCUUUCAAUGAAAGUCCAAUUUCGCCUCCUUCGAAUCGUUUGAGAAGGGACAGGAUUGAGGCAUUUGAGAAGUUUAUUGAAGACACUAAAAUGUGUGUUAAAGUGAAAAAGCUGCGCCAAAAAAUGGAGGAGCUCAACAUGAAGAAGGAUGUUAAUAAAACUGAUAAAGGUUGGGACGAAAAAAAUGACGUUUCAUAUCAGUUUUUUGAAGAAUGUGCAGAAAAUUUGCUUAAGGAGGUUGAUUUGACUAUGUUUGAACGUACAACAUUAGACGAAGGAGAUUAUUCCGAAAUUGAAGAAGUAGCCCUUAAAGACAAACACCGCAGCAAAGCUCAAACCACAAAAUCAUUAUACAGCGAAAAGCGUUGUUAUACCAAUAAUAAUACAAGAAAAAACGAAAGACUUUUUGAAAAAAACGAAACAGGGUAUACAAUUUUUUCAAGAGACAGACCCAAUUUGGACCGUAAAGAUGGUAAAAACGAGAACCCGUAUUUGUUAGAAGGUUUAAACUCGAACAAGUUGCCGGACAUGCACAUUUUGCACACUGAAGAGUUUCUGAUGGACGAAGCUUGCGGUUUAAUGGGUGAGCAAGCGGAAGAGGACGCAGACGAAAAUGCAGCUUACAGGCCGAUUAUACCAUUAGCUGGUGGUUUAAUUGUACCUACGAAAACUUUAGAGGAUGCUUUUAUGCCUACUAAUUAUUCCAAAGAGUUGGUACAAUCUAGUUACUCGCUGGCGAGUACAACAGGCAAUCAACCAAAAACAAACUCUGCUCUACCGAAACUGGACACUAGAAGCCAGAGUCCUAUUCUAGGGGCCAAGUUGAAGGAUCCUAAUGUCGGUGAAAGUUUGCCCAGGCGGAACAGGGUGCACUUGGCGCGGCUUUUGCUGGCUUCCGCCGAGGCAGCGGCAGACAGACCGAAUAGUUCCUCGGCUUUGGACAAGGGCUUGGAGGAGCGGGAUUCUACGUGGGAGAUUCGCGAGCCUGCUAGCGAAAGACUGAAGCAUAGUGCCACUUGUAAGGUGGGUCUACUAAAUCGCCAUCAAAACGUCGACUACAUAGAAACCACGACAACGGCCCACCACCACCGCCAAUCAAAAAGCGAAGUCCUGAGAGGUAGAAAAUACUCAAACGGCCCGUCAAUAUCCAAGUACACAGUGUACUCAAGCCAACACAUGCCCAGUCACUUUUUCAGCGCCAUACCGCCCGAGUACGCUCCGAAAAUGACCGACCGCUUGCCGAACUCGAACGUCGUAUUUAGGAAUAAUCCAGAAUCCAGAUCGCCGUUGUAUAGUAGAAAAAAUCGGACGAUUGACAAUAGUUAUGAGGCCAAGGAACCAGAGGAUCUGUUUGGGUAUUAUAAUUUGGGCAGUUUUCAGGAUUUAAUAGAAGAAACAAAAGAGGAGGCCACCAAGUUGCCGCCAGUGAUUAUUAAAAAAAAGUCUAGGUGUAACGAGUGCAACAAACGCCUGAAUAUCACGAAUAUUUACAAUUGCAGGUGCGGCAGGAUGUUUUGUUCGCAGCACAGAUACUCAGAGGUUCACAGGUGCACCUACGACUAUAAAACCGAAGGUAGGAAAAUACUGGAACGCCUAAAUCCGCUUGUCACGGCCGACAAGGUGCAGCGAUUUUGAAUUAAUUUAAACCCGUCUCUUGUCGUACCGCGGGAAUUACAAAUUACAGAUUUCUGCUCUGCGACAAGACCUAAAAAAAAAAAUAGUGCCUCUUGUAUAACGAUAGUUUUUUUCCAGUUUUAACUAUUAAAAAAAAAAAAAAAACAAACCGCUGUAUUGUCGAUACCGUAAUUAAUAUACCAUAAUAAUACGAAUAUUAUUAUUUUGAAAAUGUAAUAUUGUAGAAGUUUUCUUUUAGUUGUUGGGCAAAAAAAUUUCAAAAUAAAGGAAUGAAGUUUCUCAAAAGAGAAGAAACUUUCCUUUACAGUGCGAGAACUGAAUGAACUUUGUUGACGUAUGAAAUAGCAGAGGGGAAAACAAAAAUCUUUAGCGAAAAUUGCGGGUUUCUGACGCGACGAUCCUGCGUAUAUAUUUAAUCUGGGGCAAAUCAGGCCCGCAUUUCUUCUACACAGGUUCAUUCAGUUGUCGCACUUUUGUCUUAUAUCAAGGCAAAUUAAGAAUAAUUAUCAUUACGAUUCUUCUUUUUUCUAGCUUUUUAAUUAUUAUUGCAACUAUUUGCUGUUCAAAUGUUCCUAUUGUAACGUAAUGUUUGAACCGUCCUCUACUAAACUGAAUAGGAGAAAAAUGUCAAAAAAUUUCCAAAAAAAAAAAAAUAUCUUACAUCAAUUGGUUUUUCCUUUGUGUGUGUUAUAUAACUGUAAAUAUUUAUUAUUUGUUAUUAGUGUAAAUAUUUAUUAUCGCAAAAAAAAAUGAAUAAAAAUAACCCUUUCACUUUAUCUCAAACGCCAACAAAAUAGUGAUUUAUUUAAGUAACCCAUACUCAAGUUAUAUUUCUAGUGAAAAUACUUCAGGAAUACGUAAAAUAGGUGUCUUUUAAAGACAUUACCAUGAUAUGAAUAUUAGAGGAUUUUUCAGGGCCUAUUCCCAAACCUCCUAUGAGGGUGAUCCCUAGACAAAGUGUCUGCAAUUUUAUUCUUGGUUCCCGGGCAAUGUACAACUUUGAAGUUAAAUUCAUGUAACACCAAAAUCCAUGAUGAUCCAUCUGGAAAGCCUAGCUGAUUUGAGCUUGCAAGUCAGCAAGAAGCAAAACGACUUGUGAUCUGUUAAAACAACUAACUGUUGACUCAACAAUAUCGUGCGCCAUUGUCUCAAGCAGUGCACCAGAGCCAUGCACUCCUUUUCGGUAGUGGUAGUAGUAUAUCUUAAUUGAGUUCCCUUCAGUGUUGUGCUAGUAUACGCUAUUACUUCACGCGUUUUACCUUGAGCUUUUUGGAACAAACAACCCCCAAUCGGAAAAUCUGAACUAUCGCACUAGACAUAUAUUGGAGCUAAUUUAUAUAAAAAUAAAAAUCAUGUGUAACAUCGUACACGUGCAACUUUGAAAAACUAUUGUUCCUCGUAUACAAUUUCUAGACUUAGACGUUUACGCCACAUGUAGACAAUGUGUAAACAAUUCGAAUUUUCUACGCGUAGACAAUCAAUUGUUUACGUUGACAUUGUUUACACUGUUUACAGGCACAUCACUGGUUAUGGA